AUGCAUGACCCGCACCCUGCGCCUUCGGCCUCGCAUCAACAUCCGCCGCCGCCUACCCAAGCGGCUCCUCCUCCCCCUCCCGCCGGCGCUGAAAACCUGAUCGGUAUCCCAGGCUUCUUACCCUCGUCCUGGCAGGGAUCGGACGAGUCUCUCCGCCACGCGCUCUCGUACCGUGCAGAGGAAGAGCGGCGCCGCGCGGAAGAAGAACGAACAAAACAGGAAGAGUAUCGUCUCGAGCUCCGCAAGCGCGAUCUCGAGCUUCUCCGCGAGGGUAUGCGCUACGGCAUCCCUCCGAGCAUGAUUCCAUUUAUCUUCAUCGGCAACGGUGUCACCGGCGCCACGGCCGAGUGGAUCCGCGACUACGUUGCCCGGAUAUGGCAGCAGCAGCAGCAGGAGAUGGCUGCCGUGUCUGCCCAGGCGGCGUCGACUGUCUCGACCCCGGGCGGCGCCGGCGAUUACCGAAACGAUCCCAGAUAUCACUCUCUUCACCAUCGCAGCCAAAGCGCUCAGUCGAUCCCUAGUCUGGCCCACAAUCCCAUGGGACCCGGGUUAAACGCCCCUCCUCCUCCGCCACCACCAGCUCCUCCCGCUCCUACCCCGUCUCUUCCCCCACUGGCCACUGCUGCUUCCUCACAGGCCUCACCGUUUGCUGUUCAGCAGGAGCUGAUGUCUCCUGGAUCGCAGACCCGUGCUGUAUAUCACGGCAGUGGAUCCUCUGUCACUCCGCCUCUGCAGGUGCGGCAGGUAGACUUUCCUCCAGGGAAAUCUCAGCUGUACAGAUCUUCUCCUCCUAUCCGGUCUCCAUCUCCUCCUUCCCAACAACAACAAGAACAACAACAGCAGCAGCAGCAGCAACAGCAACAACAACAACAGCAGCAACCAGCUAUCCAGUUCUACCACUGGCAACCAAACGCCAAAGAACGAGCCCAAGGAGUAAAAGAGCAACCCGGCGACUCCAGCCGGCCUUCUCAUCCUCCGCUUGGAAACGGCAUCCCCCGCUCUCCCACCCGCUCGAUCCUCAACCCAACACAAGAAGACGCGAGCACGCCCAAACGACGACGACAGACUUCCGUGUUCGACGCCGGCACGCCCAAGCAGCAUCUCCCGCCGUCGGGUGCCAACGUCACAUCCGCCGGCGCGUCGCCUACCCAGAGCGCGACUUCUCUACCCCCCAUCUCUUCUUUAAGCGCCAACAUCCCUCCCCGGAAACGCGGCGCGGGACAUACCCGGCACCGAUCAGAAGCCAGUCUGCACGGUUACGAGCCCUACGCGCGUCCGGGUUCGAUGCACCUAGGCCACGGUCCUGGCCCGCACCAGCUCGCUGGCCCCGCGAUCCUGAACCCGAGUUCGACAAGUAGUGCAUCGACGCCUCGCGGCGGAGGCGGCAUGCAGCGGCGGAGCGAGUCGGGAUGGGACUCUGGCUCGGUCGAUGUGCUAGCCGCCGCGGCUGAGAGCGAGCGGCAAAAGGAGAUGUCGGCGUUGCGCGAGCAGCAGGCUUCUGAGCAAGCUCGGAGGGCGGCCAGUUGA